UCUUGUUCUCCGUCUUCGUGGUGGGAUGCAGAUCUUUGUGAAGACAUUGACCGGAAAGACGAUCACUCUUGAGGUCGAGUCUUCUGACACUAUCGACAAUGUCAAGGCAAAGAUUCAGGACAAAGAAGGCAUUCCUCCCGACCAACAGCGUCUGAUCUUUGCCGGAAAGCAGUUGGAGGAUGGUCGUACACUUUCUGACUAUAACAUUCAGAAAGAGUCUACCCUUCAUCUUGUCCUUCGUCUCCGUGGUGGCGACUUGUAACUUAUGAAGAUAGUCGUUCUUUAGGUUGUAGUGUAUAGUUUGUAAUCUGCGGACAAUCGGAGCUGGUUAUGAACUCAAGUCGUUUGAUUCAUGAUGCCAAUUCAACUGAGAGUAGAACGCCAUUCCCAAUGCUGACGUUGACGUUGACGUUGAACGUUUCAUGCUCAGCCUUGACUCCCUCAUUGCUACACCGGGCCUCGGAAGAUACUUAUGUCAGCCGGUCACAACGUCACGUAUACUAUUCUCACUCGUUCACCCACUGCUUUCGCAUUGCUUUCUCCGACCACCAUCCUCUUCAUCGUCUCAACGUCUCCUCGUGGCCUCACAUGGCCCCAAACUCGUCUGUACACGCUUUGUCCCCACGAGAACCCUUGAUAUGGCGCCCUACGAAAAUAAUGAACAUGCGCGACUUGUCCAAGGACGACGACUUUCUCAGUCAUCUACUGGUCGAAAAGCUCGGAACCGGCUCUGUGCCCUUACUUGUUCACAAAAUGGAUAGCUCACGUAGGUUACCAAAAGUCUCCCCUCAUGACCUAAUAGAAAUAGUUCGACGCCUUGUCAUGUUCAAAGGCCCUUUGCAGCAUGCAGUGCGGAACGCUGUAGAUGAUCUUGUUUACCUGACACCAAUUCGUUACUACCUUCAGAACUAUACUCAGAAGCAAAUCAACGCGUUCGCCACUCAUGCCUCUCGCUACUUCGAGCUCUAUCAUCCCUCGGGUUCUAUCGAGAUUUCACAUACGUCGCGUUAUUCACAUCGUACGGGAAAGUCGGAAUUGUGCAUUCUUGCAACACGCAAUCUUGCACCGGGCUCCGUUAUUACGGAGCUGAAAGGGUCAAUGGCGAACUUGACGGACGAAGAGGAUCGUGAACUAAAACGUACCGACCUCAGGAACUCGGAUAUUCGACGGGAUUUCAGUGUCAUACACUCCAAAUCUAUGAAGAAAAAUCAUCUCUUCUUAGGACCUGCCCGAUUUGUAAAUCACGACUGUGACAAUAAUUGCGAACUAUUUCGGGAAGGAAGAUAUAUCACGUUCAGAGUGCUCAGACCAAUAUCUAUUGGAGAAGAGAUCACUGCGCAUUAUGGGGACUGCUAUUUUGGUCGCAAGAAUCGCCAUUGCCUGUGCGAGACGUGCGAGAAGAAGGGCAGGGGUGGUUACGCUCCUGAUCACACGGACGAUGAUAUCCCAUCAGAUUCAGCUUUUUCAGAUUCAGAUUCAGAUGGGACAUCUUCUGAGUCUGACGCCACAUCUAGUGGACAGGAGGAUGGCGCCGUUAAACGUCAAGUAAAUCUGAACGAAAGGCGCACACGCCGCGGUGUGUACGCUGUUGUCACCAAAGAGGAGGACCAUUCCGAUGAAAGUGAUGAUGAGGAUGGGAGCGUUAGGCCUCUAGCAGGCGCAUCGGAUAUCCCUUCACCCGGUGAGAUGGAAAUGGCGGAAUCAACUUCAGAUCUCACGUCAAUACCGUCAUCGCGAGCAGUCUCCAACUGCAACCAAGCAGGACCUUCGUGCUUAUCCUCCUCCACUUCCGAGUUAACUCCGAUUUCCCGCUCAACCUCGUCUUUGAGUUCUCUGUCUUCCUCUGAAGGAACAUCAUCCACUCACAAAAGCUCAUCCUAUCAGUCCAUCAUUGCUACACGACGCCAGAAAGCCCAGGCAGAAGCUGCUGCCCUUGUGAACGCCUCUGCAACCCUGCCGGAAGAUUCGCUGUUUUCCGUCUCUUCUUUGCGACAUUUAACACAGGCCUCUCUGUCAGUAACACCGAGCAAGGGCAAAGCAAAGCAAAAGGAGCAGAUCCGUGCUUCCUCAACUCCGAUGCGGCCCGACAAUCUUCAAGCUACUGAAAGUGGUAAAAUGAAGGAUGAAGAUCCGCGGAUACUAAGACCUCGACCAUCAGCCAGUGUUACUACGUCUGAGGCUGCCAAAGAAAUAAAUUCGAAGACAGAAAUUCCUCGCGGACCAGAUGGAAAACCUCUCCCCAUCUGUGCCACAUGUCGCAAUAUUCUACCGGUCAUUUCAGUAGACCAUCAGAUCGUAUGGGGCCUGGGAUUGGAAAAAGAUUCUAAAAAGAAGAAAGCGAAGCAGGAUUGUCCAAGGUGCAUGCGCCACUACGCUAUCUAUGGCGAACUUUGGCCUCGACGCGUUCCCCUGCCUGGGUGCACCUCGACUUUUAAUACAACGCCACGUGAAGAGACGACACCCAUAGAAUUUGCUCGCAAAGUGACACACAAAGUGUUACCUGUGUUGGAUCGUAAAAUUGCGGCGGUCGCUUCGUCCAAACGGAAACGGUCUUCUGAAGGCCCUGUAGCCGAGGAGGAAAAUGAACAUUUUGCAAAGAAACUCAAGACUUCGGUCGACCGCACAGUACCAAAGAAGCGAAUUCCGAUCCCGCUGCCUGAAGGUCAAAAGAGGAAACGUGGACGACCGCGUCUAAUGUCUGUUCCUGUGACGGUCCCGGCCCUCCCACCGAUUGUGAAAAUGGAAGACACUGAGGAGCCGCUCCAUCCUAACGGCUUCAAAUCGCAGGGUCGGAGAAUGAACGGACGCUUUGAAAGAAAACUUUCAUCGUCAAGUCCUCAAAAAGGCUACGAUCUUGACAAAAGUCCCAAAAAUGCCCUUGCCGGUCGUGCUCAACGAGCUCUCGAAAGGGAAAAAGCAAAGGAAAUCGUAGAACGAGAAUUGCUAGUGAAGAGAGGAUUGAGCGAUGGUGAAAUCGAGCGGAUCACGAAGAAGGGGAAAUGGGACGGUAGCAAUCCGCACGACAAGGAGCCACCUCUCAAGAAAGUUUUCCCUAAAAGGUCAACCUCUUUCCGUAGCGGCAAUCUAUUUUCGAGGCCGAACCCGAUGAGUUUCGCUGCUCGAGCGUGGGCAAACCCUCUUGUUUCUGACGAUGCUUCGUCUGAAGAUGAAAAGGGUCCUGAUACUCCGGAAGAUUCACUAUCUCCUCCUGCAAUUGUAGAAGUGGAAUUGGAGGACUGGGAUCGAGGUCCAUCCCUCAUAGUCACCGCCCCAGCGGUGCCUCCCGCUUAUAAGCCAUCACCAUUCAGUUUCGCACGCCGUCGUUGGUCUUCAUUAUCUGCUUCACCCAUUGAAGAACCAAAGAAAUCAACUAGUGAGUUAAGGCCGAAUGCGGACGCGCGGCCUCCUUUGAACAUGGAGCGAAUCCUUGGCCACAACUCAUCCAGCAUGACAACGUCGUCGUAUGAAAAAUGGAACCCGAAUCAUGGCACAUACUUAUCGGAGGAAGAAGAUACCCCAAAUCUCUUUACGAUACGGGUCUCUCCGCUUCACGGGGGCGAGAGUAACACACGACCCUUGCUUCUCCAGCAUACAUAUCCGUCAGAUGUAGCUUAUACUCAAGGACAUGCCUUCACCCCCGAUCUUUCCUCUGCACCUCCUACUUUUGUUGCGCCGACCUUCAACGACGCUGGUUGGGAAUCCGACUUUUCGGAUUCAUAAAUUAUGUAUUUGUUUUUAUUGUCCUGCUCUGUGCUGUACGCAAUCCUCUGCUUUUGAUGACCCAUCUGGACCUCGCAUUAUUGUAUCCUUUAUUUUACUGAUUCGUACGAACCCGAACUUUUGAUGCUGUUCGUAUGUAUAACUCAGGGAAAAUCUGUAUGCACUAGUUGUUACACUACAUAAUUGCCUUUAUUCUUGCAUUAAUC